CCUUCUUCCAUGCCUUCUAGACACACAUAGCUUCACAAAAUUCUCUCUCCCGGAAUGGAAUCAAACGAUCCCUUCGCUUCCAUGGCGCAGCUCUGCAGAGUCUCGGCUUCUCAGGAAUCGCAACUCCUUCUCCCCGGCUCCGAGCAGCACUCCGACAACGACGCAAAUUCCGGCGAAAUCACGGAGGAAUCCGCCGCGAUAACGACGGAGAACGACGAUGACAGCGAUGAGGUGAAUCAGAAUUCAAUUGAAGGGGAAAACGCAUACCUCUUCCACACGCCUCCUGAAUUCUCCUCCAGUGUCUCCGAUAACGAAGUCUUCCACACGCCGAGGCGAGCUUCUUCCAGCAGCCUGCCGAGCUCUCAGAACCAGGAGCCGCAACCGGAGGGAUUCGUCGACGGAGGAGGAGGAGGACGUGGAGAAGGUCGCACGGAGAAGCAUGCUGGAGAUAGCGACGACAAAGAAGAAGAAGAAGAAACGUUGGGGUUCGCCGUCGAUUUGGGGGAGGACACAGAUCUAGGGUUUUCCAUAAUGGCAGCAUCGGAGUCUGCUGACAGAAUUGGAAGCAUUUCGCUCGUGCAAGUUUCAGAAGCUGUCGAUCGUGGUCAUGAGAUGAAGGUAAUUCGCUCCGAGUCCAUGGAGUCUAGGGUCUCAGAAGAGGAAUCUGUUUUAAAUCCUGAUAAUAAUGAUAAUACUUCCGGGCUAACUGUAGAAGCGAGAAUCCAGAAGCUUAAGGAAACGCUAGAUAGAUUGAACUAUAUAUCAGAGAAACAGAAGAGGUGGACGAAUAAUGCUGUGGCGGAAACUGCAGAAGCUUGUUCAUGCCCUGAACUAAGUAUUCUUGAUUGUUCAGCGGAGAAAUCAGGUUUGCCAAAGCAAGAAUUCGCUAGUUUAAGCAUGAAUGUGAUUCAAGAUGCUCCAAGAGAUAUUCCAGAAGCUAGUUUAUGCCGUGAACCAAGUAUUCUAGAUAGAUCAAUGGAGAAACCAGGUUCUCCAAAGUGUGAAUUGUUAAGUGUAUGUAUGAAUGUGAUUCGAGAUGCUCCCAGAGAUAGUCCAGAAGCUAGAGGGACUCUAGAGAUGAACCAAUUCUCCAUGAUUGAAGACCUUCCAGCUGGGAUGAAGGUUGAUGAUAAUGGGCAGUCUCAUGGUGUGAAGAGGAAGCUAGAGUUAUUCUCACCAGAGGAAAUGGAAUCAGUUCUUGUAGAAAGUAACAGUGGCAAAGAGAAUGAGGCAACAAAGGGUACACAUUUGAAAAAGCUUGUUCUGCCACAGGGAGCUUCUGCAGAAAUCGAGAAGAAUGUGAAAAGUGGGAAGAAUGCGAAAUCAGGUUCAACAAAGCAUAAAUUCGCAAGUCCAAGUAUGAAUGUGAUUCAAGAUGCUCUAAUAGAUUGUUCGGAAGCUAGAGGGACUCUCGAGAUCAACAACCACUCGAUGGUUGAAGACAUUCCAGCUGAGAUGAAGGUUGAUGAUAAUGGAAAGUUAAAUGGUGGGAAGGGGAAGCUAGAGGCCUUGACAGAGGAAAUGGAAUCAGCUUCUGGGGAAAGUAACAGUGAGAAAGAGCAGGAGGGAACAAAGGGCACACAUGAUGUGGUAGAAAAGCUAGUGCUGCCACGGGGAACUUCUGGAGAAGACAAGAAGAGCGCGAAAUCGUGGAAGAGAGUGAGUGCUUUGGUGAGUCUUGAAGUUCUGGAAUUCCUGAAAAUGUUUGCAGAAGACACUGACGAUGGCGAUUCAGUAUUGGAGAGCAUGAGCCUAUUCGAUAUCGCGAAGAUGCGUGGCAUGACAUUUCCAUAGUACCAGUGUGAUAAUACCGAAGGACUUUUGCUGCGACCUACUGUUCUGAGGAUUGGGAUUCCAACAACUUCCAUACUGCAGGUCUUAGCUCACGCGAGCGAUCCAGUCCAAAGAGAGGAAGAAAAACCACUCGACCGAUAGGUUUAGAAAUAUGUGAGACCGAAGAGCAAAAGUAGGAAAUGGUCGAAUUUUUCUUCAUGUUCUUAUCUUUUUUUUUAUUAUUAUUAUUUCCAGUUUUUUUUAAUCAUUUUGGACCUAUAGGUUGUUGAUAUGUUACUUGCUUGCCGGCAUAUUCAAAGCUAGACUGUCGCCUUCCUUCCACGACCGCCGACCGAGCCUACUGCUUUGGCCCACUAUGAUUACUGCAAGUUUUUUAACAGCAAGUUCUAUGUAGCAGGUGGAAUGGAAAAUGGGGGUGUGAAUGAGUAAACACAAAAGGUUUAUCUGGUAGCUUCUCCUUUGUUG